AUGAGUUAUAGAAAGAUUCAAGAUUUCAUCGACAAAUUGGUUUCUACAUUGAAAUUACCUAUUUAAAAUAAGUAAUUUGGAUUAUUCAUGAACAAUAUUGAACUUCAAAGAGAUAAAACAUUAUUAGAAAAUAAAGUGAAUAAAGGAUCUGUAUUAGAUUUGAGAGUCACUAAGACUUUUGAUUAUGCCUUUCUAAAAGUUGUAAAAGAUGGGAAAUCCUUUUAUCCACAUAUUAGUUUAGCAGCUAUGGCAUAAGAUCUAUAUACUGAAGUCGCUACAGAGUUCUAGAUUGCUGAGGAUACAUUUACACUUUACUUUUAAGGAACUCCAUUAAGUAGAAAUGCUUAAUUAGCACAAUAUAAUAUUAUUGCAAAUUCUAUUAUUAAUUGUUAAUCUAAAGAUGUCAUUAAUAAAGAUGAUUAAUUGAAUGAAUUAUAAACAAAUACCUAGAAUUCUAAUUACAUUCAAGUAGAACAAUAAAACUAUAUCUAACCUAAGUAAUAAUAACUUGCGAUGCCAUAAUAAAAUAUAAUGAUUAUUUUAGAAUAUCGUGGUUAAAAGAAUCAAAUUGAAGUGACUUCAGAUACUUACAUACAUGAAAUCAUAGAAAUAGUUAAAGAAAUAUAUUCAAUUCAAGAAAACAUUAAUUUAAAACUUGAUCAAUAAAUUUUGCCAAACAAUUAAACAAUAGAAUCCUUACAAAUCAAAAAAGGUUUUAUCUUUUCAGUGGAAAUUCAAUAAUAAUAAUAAUAAUAAUAAUAACAAUAGUAAUAGUAAUCAUAAUAAUAUUAAUAACCUAACACAUAAUAAAAUAUAAUGAUUAUUUUAGAAUAUCGUGGUUAAAAGAAUUAAAUUGAAGUGACUUCAGAUACUUACAUACAUGAAAUCAUAGAAAUAGUUAAAGAAAUAUAUUCAAUUCAAGAAAACAUUAAUUUAAAACUUGAUCAAUAAAUUUUGCCAAACAAUUAAACAAUAGAAUCCUUACAAAUCAAAAAAGGUUUUAUCUUUUCAGUGGAAAUUCAAUAAUAAUAAUAAUAAUAAUAAUAACAAUAGUAAUAGUAAUCAUAAUAAUAUUAAUAACCUAACACAUAAUAAAAUAUAAUGAUUAUUUUAGAAUAUCGUGGUUAAAAGAAUUAAAUUGAAGUGACUUCAGAUACUUACAUACAUGAAAUCAUAGAAAUAGUUAAAGAAAUAUAUUCAAUUCAAGAAAACAUUAAUUUAAAACUUGAUCAAUAAAUUUUGCCAAACAAUUAAACAAUAGAAUCCUUACAAAUCAAAAAAGGUUUUAUCUUUUCAGUGGAAAUUCAAUAAUAAUAAUAAUAAUAAUAAUAACAAUAGUAAUAGUAAUCAUAAUAAUAUUAAUAACCUAACACAUAAUAAAAUAUAAUGAUUAUUUUAGAAUAUCGUGGUUAAAAGAAUUAAAUUGAAGUGACUUCAGAUACUUACAUACAUGAAAUCAUAGAAAUAGUUAAAGAAAUAUACUCAAUUCAAGAAAACAUUAAUUUAAAACUUGAUCAAUAAAUUUUGCCAAACAAUUAAACAAUAGAAUCCUUACAAAUCAAAAAAGGUUUUAUCUUUUCAGUGGAAAUUCAAUAAUAAUAAUAAUAAUAAUAAUAACAAUAGUAAUAGUAAUCAUAAUAAUAUUAAUAACCUAACACAUAAUAAAAUAUAAUGAUUAUUUUAGAAUAUCGUGGUUAAAAAAAUCAAAUUGAAGUGACUUCAGAUACUUACAUACAUGAAAUCAUAGAAAUAGUUAAAGAAAUAUACUCAAUUCAAGAAAACAUUAAUUUAAAACUUGAUCAAUAAAUUUUGCCAAACAAUUAAACAAUAGAAUCCUUACAAAUCAAAAAAGGUUUUAUCUUUUCAGUGGAAAUUCAAUAAUAAUAAUAAUAAUAAUAAUAACAAUAGUAAUAGUAAUAGUAAUAAUAAUAAUAAUAGUAAUAGUAAUAAUAAUAAUUAUAACAAUAAUCACCCACAUAAUAAAAUAUAAUGAUUAUUUUAGAAUAUCUUGGUUAAAAGAAUUAAAUUGAAGUGACUUCAGAUACUUACAUACAUGAAAUCAUAGAAAUAGUUAAAGAAAUAUACUAAAUUCAAGAAAACAUUAAUUUAAAACUUGAUCAAUAAAUUUUGCCAAACAAUUAAACAAUAGAAUCCUUACAAAUCAAAGAAGGUUUUAUCUUUUCAGUGGAAAUUCAAUAAUAAUAAUAGCCAAUACAAUCAAAAUUAACUUUAAUUAUUUUUCACGCUAUUUUAAAUGGUUAAGCAGUAGAAGUAGAUUCAGAUACUAAAGUAUAUGAAUUGGCAAUUGAAUUAUAAGCACUCUUACAGAUUUCAUAAAUCUAGUUAACUUUAGAAAAUGGGUAAGUUUUAAACCCAAAUUAAACUUUUAGAGAAUAAAAUGUUUAAGAAAAUUCUAAAUUGUACAUAUAGUAAGUCUUAACUAAUCCUAUUUAACCAGCAUCUUAAAUUUAAGAAAUAGUUUUGAUAGUGAUAUUUGAAUAAUAAACUUUAAAUAUUACUGUUCCUUUUAAUUCUUUGGUGUAGGAGCUUGAAAGUACACUUAAGCAAAAUUUGAAUUUAAAUUAUGAAAUAAAGUUAUUCCACAAUGAUAAAAUGUUGAAUUCGAAUGAAUCAUUCCAAUAAUUGCAAAUCGUAAAAGGAUCUAGAUUGGUGAUUAAAAAAAUUGAAUAAGCCUCUAUUCCAAAAAAAUAAAUUCAAUUAAGUUUGUCUUAUGAAACUUAGCCUCUAAUUACAAUAGAAGUAGAAGAUGAAAUUACUAUUAAAGAUAUUGAAGAUUAAAUAAAUCAAUACUUUCAUUUAAAUGUAGAUUUGGUGACUUUUUAUAAUGGGUAGGUUUUAGAUUCAAGCAAAACUCUGUAAGAAUAUUAAAUUAGUGAUUAAUCCAUUCUCAAAUUUUAAUAGAAAUAAUAAAAUAUACAUCUUAUUAUUAAGGCAUUCAAUCAGACUUUAGAUUUUUAAGUUAAUUAAGAUACAAAAAUUAUGAGUUUGAUUGAAGAUGUAAAAGGUAUAUGCAAUGUGAAAAAUCAAUUGAUGAUGUAAAAAGUAAAUGGAAAAAUCUUAUACCCAAGCUUAACUGUUAAGCAAUCUGGACUUUGUGAUAACUCAAUCUUAACUGUAGUUCAAUAAUAGUAUAAAUAACCCAAAUUGCCAGUUAGAAGAGUUAUCAAAGUGAUUUUAGAUUAUAAAGGGGCUAAAACACCAAUAGAAGUUGAAGAUAACAUAAAUGUAUCAGAGUUGAUAGAGCAAAUCAUGCUUAGUUUCUCAAUUUAAGGAUCCUUAUAAAUUAGUCUUGAGGGAAAAUAAAUUCUUAAUCCUUUAGACACUUUAGCCAAUUAGAAUGUUUAGAAGGGAAGUCUAUUAAUUGUAACUCAAAUUCCAUAAAAUGUUCCUUAAAUUCAAUAAGUUGCUCCUUAAACUAAAUAAAGUUCAUCUCCUCUAAAUAUCAAAGCAUUUAUUAUGACUAUCGAUUAUUAAGGAUAACAAUAUCCCAUAGAAGUACAUUCGAAUACUUUAGUAUAUGAAAUAAUACAGGAUAUUAGAUAAGCCCUUUAAAUCUAAGAAUAAUGUAAUUUGCACCUUGAAAAUUAAUAAGUUCUUCAACUAAACUUAACUUUAGAGGAUUAAAAUUUGAAAAAAGAUUCUAUUUUAUUUUUAAAACCAAUUCAAAAUGUUAAUUAUAAUGCAUAGUAAUAACCUAUUUUAUAAUCACAUUAAGCUAAUAAAGCAUAAGAAAUUAUUAUUAUGUUUAAUUUUUAAGGGUAGAAUCAUAGCUUAAGUUUGAUGAAUGAUACAUUAGUUAAGGAUUUGAUUAUAUGUAUUUAAUAGAAUUUCAAUUUAAAUGAAAAAUUCUAAUUAAGUUUGGAAAACAAAAAUAUACUAAAUGAGGAGUAAACUUUGGCUGAUUAGAAAGUUGAAAUAGGAAACACUUUAUAUCCAGUUUUCAACCAGAAACCAUAACAAUAAUAAUUUGAAGAGAAUUACACUUUGAUUUUGUAUUAUUAGAAUUGUAAAUACUAGUUUGAAGUUUCUUCUGAUUCAUUAGGAAGUGAAUUGAUGGAUGCUAUUUAGCAACAUACUAAAAUAUCAACUGCAUUCAAUGCAAUUAUUGAAGGAUAAACUCCUUUGAUCUUGGAUAAGACUUUGAAGGCGUAAAAUAUAAAAAAUGGAAGUAUUAUUGAACUCUAAGUAUUGCCUUAAAUAAAUCAUUUGAAUUAAACUUAAUAAAAUGAAUUUUAGGAAAUACCUCCUUCAUAAUAAUAAAAUUUUUAUGGUAUUUCAUACUAAAGAAAUUAAUAACCUCCUGCGAAUUAAUAAUUUAUUCCAUAAUCAAAUCAGUUUCCGUUUAGUUAGCCUAUGAAUUUUGCUUCAGUACCUCCAUGGUAGAAUACAUUAUAGGGAGGUUAGAAAAAUUUAUAAUAACAAUUUUAAUAAGGAUUGAAUAAUAGUCUUAAUUAGUUAAAUAGUUUUGAGGGAUUUAUUCUAAAUAAAACAUAAUUUUUAUCAAACUCUGGACUUGAACAAAAACCAUUUCAAUAAUAAACAUUAGAAAUACUUUCUACACAAUUCUAAAAACCCUAAAAAUAGUAUUUAUAAUAAUUCUUUUCUUAACCCUAAAAUACAAAAUAAUUAAAAAUUUAUCUUCAUUACAUGAAUACAAUUUAAAAGUUGAAAUUGAAUAAAAAGAUGAAAAUCUAGGAUAUAAUAGAACAUUGCAAGGAUGUAUUCAAUAUAGAGUAAGAUUUAACACUUCAACACUAAGGACAGGAUUUGAAUCCUUAAGAGAUUAUAGAAUAAUGUAGAUUGAAUGAUAAUGAAAUUUUGGAUGUAGUUGUUAAACAAUUGGAUUAAUUAGUUCUGAAUAUUACGGUGCUAGGAAAUGAUAUUUAAGUGGAGGUAGAUUAAGACUAAAAAGUUUUUGAAUUGAUUGAUGAGUUGAAGAUGGUUUACAAUAUCAAUUAUCCCACUGAACUUGUGUUCAAUCAAAUAAAAUUAUUUCCAGAUAAGAGUUUCAAAUAACAAAAUAUUCUGAGUAACAGUUAUUUGAUUUUAAGAUAAAAAUAAGCAGUUUCCAAAUUGAAGAUCACUUAAGGUUUAAAUUUGAUUAUUGUCAAAGUUAGAGAUGGAAUGAAUAUGAUCCAAAUUGAAAUAGCUCCUACAGCAACAGUUCAAGAUUUGGAGAGAAAAGUUAAGGAAAAGACAGGUAUAAAUUUUAAUUUUACAUUAUAAUUCAACAUGAAAUUUUUGAGCCCAUAUUUAUCUUUGGCUCAAUAAGGUAUAAAAAAAAAAGAAGGUUUUAUCUUUUCAGUGGAAAUUCAAUAAUAAUAAUAGCCAAUACAAUCAAAAUUAACUUUAAUUAUUUUUCACUCUAUUUUAAAUGGUUAAGCAGUAGAAGUAGAUUCAGAUACUAAAGUAUAUGAAUUGGCAAUUGAAUUAUAAGCACUCUUACAGAUUUCAUAAAUCUAGUUAACUUUAGAAAAUGGGUAAGUUUUAAACCCAAAUUAAACUUUUAGAGAAUAAAAUGUUUAAGAAAAUUCUAAAUUGUACAUAUAGUAAGUCUUAACUAAUCUUACUUAACCAGCAUCUUAAAUUUAAGAAAUAGUUUUGAUAGUUCUAUUUGAAUAAUAAACUUUAAAUAUUUCUGUUCCUUGUAAUUCUUUGGUGUAGGAGCUUGAAUGUACACUUAAGCAAAAUUUGAAUCUUAAUUAUGAAAUAAAGUUAUACCACAAUGAUAAAAUGUUGAAUUCGAAUGAAACAUUCCAAUAAUUGCAAAUCGUAAAAGGUUCUAGAUUGGUGAUCAAAAAAAUUGAACAAGCCUCUGUUUCAAAAAAAUAAAUUCAAUUAAGUUUGUCUUAUGAAACUUAGCCUCCAAUUACAAUAGAAGUAGAAGAUGAAAUUACUAUUAAAGAUAUAGAAGAUUAAAUAAAUCAAUACCAUCAUUUAAAUGUAGAUUUGGUGACUUUUUAUAAUGGGUAGGUUUUAGAUUCAAGCAAAACUCUGUAAGAAUAUUAAAUUAGAGAUAAUUCCAUUCUCAAAUUUUAAUAGAAAUAAUAAAAAAUACAUCUUAUUAUUAAUGCAUUCAAUCAGACUUUAGAUUUUAAAGUUAAUUAAGAUACAACAAUUAUGAGUUUGAUUGAAGAUGUAAAAGGAAUAUGCAAUGUGAAAAAUCAAUUGAUGAUGUAAAAAGUAAAUGGAGAAAUCUUAGACCCAAGCUUAACUGUUAAGCAAUCUGGACUUUGUGAUAACUCAAUCUUAACUGUAGUUUAAUAAUAGGAUAAAUAACCAAAAUUGCCAGUUAGAAGAGUUAUCAAAGUGAUUUUAGAUUAUAAAGGGGCUAAAACACCAAUAGAAGUUGAAGAUAACAUAAAUGUAUCAGAGUUGAUAGAGCAAAUCAUGCUUAGUUUCUCAAUUUAAGGAUCCUUAUAAAUUAGUCUUGAGGGAAAAUAAAUUCUUAAUCCUUUAGACACUUUAGCCAAUUAGAAUGUUUAGAAGGGAAGUCUAUUAAUUGUAACUCAAAUUCCAUAAAAUGUUCCUCAAAUUUAAUAAGUUGCUCCUUAAACUAAAUAAAGUUCAACUCCUCUAAAUAUCAAAACAUUUAUUGUGAAUAUCGAUUAUGAAGGAUAACAAUAUCCCUUAGAAGUAAAUUCAAAUACUUUAGUAUAUGAAUUAAUAUACGAAUUUAGAUAAGCCCUUUAAAUCUAAGAAUAAUGUAAUUUGCACCUUGAAAAUUAAUAAGUUCUUCAACCAAACUUAACUUUAGAGAAUUAAAAUUUCAAACAAAAUUCUAUUUUAUUUUUAAAACCAAUUCAAAAUGUUAAUUAUAAUGCAUAGUAAUAACCUAGUUUAUAAACAAAUUAAGCUAUUAAAGCAUAAGAAAUUAUUAUUAUGUUUAGUUUCUAAGGGUAGAAUCAUAGCUUAAGUUUGGUGAAUGAUACAUUAGUUAAGGAUUUGAUUUUAUGUAUUUAAUAGAAUUUCAAUUUAAAUGAAAAAUUUUAAUUAAGUUUGGAAAACAAAUGUAUACUAAAUGAGGAGUAAACUUUGGCUGCUUAGAAAGUUGAAAAAGGAAACACUUUAUAUCCAGUUUUCAACCAGAAACCAUAACAAUAAUAAUUUGAAGAGAAUUACACUUUGAUUAUGAAUUAUUAGAAUUGUAAAUACCAGUUUGAGGUUUCUUCUGAUUCAUUAGGAAGUGAAUUGAUGGAUGCUAUUUAGCAACAUACUAAAAUACCAACUCCAUUCAAUGCAAUUAUUGAAGGAAAAACUCCUUUGAUCUUAGAUAAGACUUUGAAGGCGUAAAAUAUAAAAAAUGGAGGUAUUAUUGAACUCUAAGAAUUGCCUUAAAUAAAUCAAUUGAAUUAAACUUAAUAAAAUUAAUUUUAGAAAAUACCUCCCUCAUAAUAAUAAAAUUUUUAUGGUACUUCAUACUCAUUACCUCCUCCUGCGAAUUAAUAAUUUAUUCCAUAAUCAAAUCAGUUUCCGUUUAGUUAGCCUAUGAAUUUUGCUUCAGUACCUCCACCACAAUAGAAUACAUUGUCGGGAGGUUAGAAAAAUUUAUAAUAACAAUUUUAAUAAGGAUUGAAUAAUAGUCUUAAUUAGUUAAAUAAUUUUGAGGGAUAUCCAACAUAAUUUUUACCCAAUGGAAAACCGCAAUUUCAAUAAUAAUAAUAUGGAAGACUAUCUACACAAUUUUAAAAACCCUAACAAUAGUAAAUGGUUGGAAUGCCUUUUUAAUAAUAAAUCUUUAAUUAAACCUAAAUGAGUGGAAUGCCUUUUUAAUAAUAAAUCUUUAAUUAACCCUAAAUUGGUGGAAUGCCUAAUUAAUAAUAAAUCUUUAAUUAACCCUAAAUUGGUGGAAUGCCUAAUUAAUAAUAAAUCUUUAAUUAACCCUAAAUGGGGGGAAUUCCUAAUUAAUAAUAAAUCUUUACUUAAUAAUAAAAUAACUAAAAAAUUAAAAUUUAACUUCAAUACAUGAAUUCAAUUUAAAAUUUGGAAUUGACUAAAAAAAUGAAAAUCUAGGAUAUAAUAGAACAUUGCAAGGAUGUAUUCAAUAUAGAGUAAGGUUUAAAAAUUCAACGUUAAGGAUUGGAUUUGAAUCCUUAAGAGAUUAUAGAAUAAUGUAGAUUGAAUGAUAAUGAAAUUUUGGAUGUAGUUGUUAAAUAAACAGAUUAAUUUUUUCUGAUUAUUUCAGUGCUAGGAAAUGAUAUUUAAGUGGAGGUAGAUUAAGACUAAAAAGUUUUUGAAUUAAUGGAUGAGUUGAAGAUAGCUUACAAAAUCAAUUAUCCCACUGAACUUGUGUUCAAUCAAAUACAAUUACUUCCUGAUAAGAGUUUCAAGUAACAAAAUAUUCUGAGUAACAGUUAUUUGAUUUUAAGAUAAAAAUAAGCAGUUACCAAAUUGAAGAUCACUUAAGGUUUAAAUUUGAUUAUUGUCAAAGUUAGAGAUGGAAUGAAUAUGAUCCAAAUUGAAAUAGCUCCUACAGCAACAGUUCAAGAUUUGGAGAGAAAAGUUAAGGAAAAGACAGGUAUAAAUUUUAAUUUUACAUUAUAAUUCAACAUGAAAUUUUUGAGCCCAUAUUUAUCUUUGGCUCAAUAAGGUAUAAACAAUAAUUGUGAAGUAAUUUUGCUUCGAUGA